GCGAGGCGGGGCUCUGCCGGCGCGGGGCGGCCUGACUUGCGCGGACAGACAGACAGACAGACUGACGGCGGCGGAGCCCGCGGGCCCGGUGGCGGCAAUCACUCAGACAACGCUGCAAUGUGGAAAUAAGGAGCCAGCGUGAGCCCCGGAAGCUCCGGAGGCUCGGCCAGGUGCGCGGCGCCUGCAGCCGGCGCCCGGGUGCGGGAUGGAGGCUCAGGGCUUGGACUGGCUGCUGGUCCCGCUGCAGCAGCUGGUGUCGUGGGGCGCGGCCGGCGCCAUGGUCUUCGGUGGCGUGGUGCCCUAUAUUCCUCAGUACCGGGACAUCCGCAGGACGCAGAACGCCGACGGCUUCUCCACCUACGUAUGUCUGGUGCUGCUGGUGGCUAAUAUCUUACGGAUCCUCUUCUGGUUUGGAAGGCACUUUGAGUCCCCUCUUCUGUGGCAGAGCAUAAUCAUGAUCUUGACCAUGUUGCUGAUGUUGAGACUCUGCACCGAAGUCCGCGUGACCAAUGAGCUGAACCUCAAACGCCGCUCUUUUGCAGAUAGUAAGGAUGAAGAAAUCAGAGUCCCCCUCAGGCGGUCCUAUCUGGACUUUGACCUGCACCACUUCUGGCGCUGGAGCAGCUUCAUGGACUACGUGCAGUGCGUGCUGGCCUUCUCAGGUGUGGCGGGCUACAUCACCUACCUGUGCAUCGACUCGGCCCUCUUUGUGGAGACUCUGGGCUUCCUGGCCGUGUUCACUGAGGCCAUGCUGGGCGUGCCGCAGCUGUGCCGCAACCACCGCCACCGGUCAACUGAGGGGAUGAGCAUCAAGAUGGUGCUGAUGUGGACCAGUGGCGACACCUUCAAGACAGCCUACUUCUUGCUGAAUCGUGUGCCUCUGCAGUUCUCCGUCUGUGGUCUGCUGCAGGUGCUUGUUGACCUGGCCAUCCUGCUGCAGGCCUACACCUACGCCCACCGCCCCCCAAAACCAGCACCCCAUGCUGCUCACCCUGCCAGUGCCAAGGCCCUCUGAGCUGUCAGCGCUGAGACCUGAUGCCUGCUGCCUGCUGGGGGGAAAGGGGCUCUUGCAGAGGGUGGGAGGGGUCCAGAGAGGUUGGGGAGCAAGUGGGGGUCCUCGAGUGCAGGGCUUGCAGGUGGCAGGCAAGGGCACGGGGGGCCAGGCACUUUCCACUGAGAAUGUGUGUGCAGGUGGGUUUUACGCCCCAAGGUGAGUUUCUGUUGUCUUUAGGUGAUUGCAGAAGUGACCCCCUCUGCUACUUCCCCCCAAAACACCUGGCUGAACCUAGAAUAUGUUAAUGCCACGUAAGGAUGCAGCAUGGGGCGGUGGGAGCCAGGAGGGUGCCUGGUUCUGCACGCUGGUCCUGCUGGUCAGGCAGCCAUGCUGCCCUGGGUGGGGCCAGAGGCACCUCAAGGUGGGGUGGGGGUGAGAGAGCAGGAACAGAAAUAGUGUCAGAGGACAGUGGCCCCUGGACUGCAAAACCUUCAGACAGACCACCCCCCAUGCUGACACCCCUGUGUGACAGUGUGUGAUGAGAUGGCCUAGAGAGGGUGGGCCGGAGAGGCUGUCGUAGAAAUCCAGCGUAAAGGGAAGGAAGCCGUCUGCCUGCGUUUUCAUCUGUGCCAUCCGUUUAUGUGGCAGAGUUGGCUCUCUGAGGUGGCUUCAGAGCUGGCUUCCCCAUGGAAUGGUGUGGCCCAGGCUCCGUCAGCAGUGUCUGAAGUGGCCCCAUGCAUCAGGACUUCCUCGUGGCUCCAUGCCCUUGAUGUUCCUGGGGGCAAGUGGGCAAGUGGGCAUUGCUGGAACACGCUCUGGGGUGUCAGAAUCAGAGCCUGAGCCAUGGGGGCAAGUGGGGGUGGGCAGCUUCUAUGAUGGUCCCAGACAGGACCUUGGACCACAAUGUGGGGUUCUGGGAAGGCUGAGGGGCCGAGCUGGCCAUGGAGAUGUGGCCCUGGCUGCCCACCUGGAGGGGCCUCCACUUCGGGGUAUUUUACCAGGUGUCGUGUUCUGGGUAUCGUGUGCACACUCAGGGCAUGGCCUCAGAGCCCACUGCCUGGCACAGUGUCAGGAGAGGGGGUCUGGAGGGCAGGCCCUCUUCCCACCAGGAGUUCUUAGUACCUCUGACCGCUCUUGGGCCUAAAGUGACCUUACAGAAUCCCUGCCUGCCGCCCUGCCACUGGCUGCCCACCGUCUAUGCAUUCUGCUGCAUCUGGCUAUGGUGGAACCAUGUGUCUGCAGACAGUUGCUUCCCCAUUGUGUGAGAUAAGCUCUCCCACCACAUCUGAUUUCAAAUGAACCCCAGCUCACCACACACUUUGUUCCACAGGCCCUGCCUAUGGCCAGUUCCCUUCCGCUGGGUGGAGGGGUCAUCUGCAGAUGGGUCAGUGUCCACAGCUGGCACCAAAGCUGGGGGCAGUGUGUGGUGUUGCUGGGGUGGGUCUGUGGCUGGCCGGCAGGGGAUGGCCAAUGCUGCCCUCACUGCCUUCUGCCGAGUUUCCCUUGAGGACUGGAGUGUUGAGUGAGAUCCUCACUUAGCUGUUGGGCCUCUAAGAUGCUUUGGAGUGCUUAUUUUUAAGAACUAGGGGGGAUGUCUGCAGAGGCAAUUACCUCCAGAUGAAAGCCUGACCCAGACACAGUCACUGUGUGAAUGAAUGUAUCCUAGUCCGGCCAUGGUGUCGAGUUUAAAUCAAUAAAUGACUCACGGACUCAG